AGUUUCUGUCGGCUGUUAUUAGGUGCACACUCUACAUGCGGUAUCAUGGACGCGCUACAGCGAAUGAAAGACACGGUCCAGAUUCAUAUCGAUUCCAUCCAGAAUGAGCUUUAUAGCUUGAGUCGGGACAUUUGGAGCCACCCCGAGCUCGCCGGUAACGAGACGCGAGCGCACGACACGCUGGUCCGUUUCUUCUCGCAGCGAGGCGGCGCGUGGACGGUGGAAGACCACUUUAAACUACCGACCGCGUUCCGAGCUAGCUGGGGACCAGUAGGCGCCAAAGAAGGGAAGCCUGUGGUUAACGUGGGUUUCCUGUGCGAGUACGACGCGCUGCCGGACAUAGGGCACGCGUGCGGGCACAACCUCAUAGCGGAGGUCGGUGCUGCGGCCGCAGUGGGACUGAAAGCAGCUUUGGAGGGUCAGUCUGAACUCCCAGUGUCCGUGAAGAUAACUGUCUUAGGAACUCCUGCAGAGGAAGCUAUUGGAGGAAAGAUCGAUCUCAUCCAAGCUGGGGCCUUCUCUGAUCUAGACCUCGUCUUCAUGGCUCAUCCAGCUCAGCAGGACGCCUCAUUUCUGCCCACAGUUACAAUCGAAGAAGUGACAGUGAAGUACCAUGGGAAAGCGUCGCAUGCCUCGGCGUAUCCCUGGGAAGGGGUGAACGCUUUAGAUGCGGCUGUGCUGGCAUACAACAACCUGUCUACGCUCAGACAGCAGCUCAAACCGGAAUGGAGACUUCACGGCAUCAUCAAAAACGGAGGGGUGAAGCCCAACAUCAUCCCCGCCUAUACAGAGCUGGAGUUUUAUCUGCGCACGCCGCUGCUCAGAGAUCUCGUCGACCUGAAGGCCAAGGCUGAGGCGUGCUUCAGGGCUGCUGCUCUGGCAACCGGCUGUCAGGUCGAGAUAAUCUAUCCCAGCCACACUUAUUACAACAUUUUGCCUAACGCCACCCUGGCAAACCUGUAUGAAAGUAACGGAAAGACUUUGGGGAUUGAGUUCUCCGAGCAGCCUGACUUUUUCUCUGGUUCCACCGACUUUGGCAACGUAUCAUUCAUCGUUCCUGGCAUUCAUCCUUUCUUCUCCAUCGGCUCUCCAGCGUUAAACCACACGGAUGAAUACGCUGAAGCAGCAGGAGCUGAAAGGGCCCAGCUGUUCACCCUGAGGACAGCCACGGCUCUGGCGAUGACAGCUGUGGAUGUCGUGUGCUGCCCGGAUCUGCUCCAGCAGACGAGGGAGGACUUCAGUCGAGCCAAGCUGAAGCAGGAGACUCCGGGGCAGAAAGCGCUGCUCCGAGAGAUGAAUUGAGCCGCGAAUCUUCUCAUGAUUGAUAGCUUUUAGGCAAAACCGAAGAACACAUGUUGCUUCACAGCGGUAGUGGGACUUGUGAUGAAUUGAGUCAUGAAACAACAACACAGUGGGGGGAAAUGGCUCUUCAUAAUCCAGUACGAACGUCACUGGAUCACACUGAGGAUUUCCGGGAGGCUAGACUCUUCACUUUCUGUGGUUUAAUUGACUUGUUAAGAAUAUACUAUAACAGGGUCUGCAAUCUUCAACACUUAAAGAGCCAUUUAAGUAGAUUAAUCGUUGACCAUAACCCAGCAAAAGCCUCAAAUUCUUAUCUUACCCUUUAGAGAAUUAAGACACUGAUUUGUAUUUAUGAUAUUUUUCCUAUUAUCAUAAAUAUAAAUGAGCUAUUCUUUUUUUGUUAUAAAGAAAUCAAUAGAAUAUAGCCUUUUUUAAAAAUAUGAAAUACCCUUGAACUUUUAACAAAGGCUCCUGACUUCCUUUCAAAAUAAAAGACUCCCUGUGUCACAUAGGAUCGUCUCAAUGCAGCAAAUUUAGUAUAAUAUAAUAACAGUAGUGGGUAAAAAAGUGUUUAUUUUCAGGUUUUUCGUGCACCUCUGCCAGAAAUACAUAAAUCUAACAAACCAAAAUUAAAUCAGUGCUAAUUCAGUGAACCUUACAGUAUUUUUUUUAACCUAAAAUUGUUGAAUUUGUUAAAAAAUUUUGGUUGUGCUUAUUGACCUCAGAUUUAUUUUUUGUGGCACACAGUGGUCACAAAUCUGUCAAAAUGUUGUAGCUCGACUUUGCAAAACCACAAACCGCUUUGUCCAGUUUGAGUCCCCUUUUUUCUUUUUACUACUUAUUUUUACUUUAGUCUUUAGCUCUAAUGAAUCGUCUGAUGAAUUGCUGAUUUUUGUGUUAGGCUUCACAAUUCUGCUUUUUAAAACACCAAACUCCAGUCCAGUGGCCGACAAAACAGUUAGGGGGCAAUAACAUGGGACUCUCUGCAGCUGUUGAAUUUUUAAUAAAAAUCCUCAUUUAGGGUAAAAUGUUGAAUGAUUUCAUUACUGGUCCAUUUUUUUUUACAUAAUUAAUGUCAAGAAUCCACAUUUUUUGAUAAACAUUUAAAAACAGAAAUCACAUUUAAAUGUGUUUUAUAUACAUUAUUUCAACCCACUUCACAUGGAAUUGAAAUGCAAUCUGCCUGUGCUGAAAUUAACCAGAAAUACGCAAAAUUCAGCAAUCUAAAUUGAUUAAAAUGAUUAGAUUCAAACAUGAAUUGCAUACAUGGAACAAGUUAAUGGUUUCAUGAUGGGAGGUCUGCUUCACCUGCCACUCCUGACUGCAUGUCCCUGGUUAAAUCAUAUUUAAAUAAAGAACUAAAAACGACUGAACCAAUUCCAAAUGAUGUCCACCUGCCUAAAGCAAUUUUUGCCUGCAAAGUCAGUAUAAAAAAAACACCCAAUUGGGCUGAAAACUGCCCAAUCUGGCAACACUGACUCUGCUCGAUAACUUAUGAGUCUCUCGGUUGGAAUAUUCCAUUGCAGGAGAGGUACGGGAGGGGAUCAAACAUUUCGGUGAUUCGGGGUGGGAUUUUUUAUGAUACAGUUAAAUAUGAACUUAUUUAGAGACUUUUAUUUAGUGUUCAUCUCAUUUCUUAAUAGUAAGUCCACCCCUGCUCCAGUGAGUUAGAAGUCUUGAAGGAACACAGUCUAAAACUGUUUUAGUUUUUCAGAAUUUUUCAUGUUUUACCUCAUUUAGUUACAGGAGCUCUACUAAAUUAUUUUAAAUCACACAUUUCUGAAAUUUUCUCUCUUAAGAUCAAAAUCUUUGUGUUUUGUAGAUGAUUCUGCACAUUUUCAUGGUGAUUUGAUGCCUUCAAAAUAAAGGCUUAAAAAAAGGAAACAUUUUAUUACUAUUUUUUACCCCCCUUUUACAAGAGUUCUUAAUAGUAUUAAAUUUUAUGCGGAUAAACAAGUUUAAUUUUGUUUUUUACUAGCAAUAAUAGUUGUGCAAGGGAAAGAUUCAGAAAAUACCCUGAAGCAAUUCCUUGUGGAGUUCCAGUUUCUAAAGAUUAUCCUCCAGAGUGACUAAAAUAUUUUGUGAAAGAAAGAGAAAUUUUUCAUUUUUUUUAUUUAAAACCCAAAAGAGUCUUUCUCUGAAAAUAUCUGUAACUUCUCCUGCUUGAAUUUUCUCCCGUCUGUGCUUUUUAAGAUAAGACUUUAAUAAACACCGAUGCAUAAAUCUUCCCUGAUUCAUGCAGGAAGCUCACAUAAAAAGAAACACGCGUGCAAAACAAAACAUUUAUUAAACAUUUCCCACAUCAGUUUAGCUCAGCGGUUGUAUGCUUGACCAGAAAAAAAAAAAACACUAAAA